AUGAAUGAGAGACCCCGCCCCUCUGCCCCGCCUCCCCCCGCCCAUUCACCGCCGCUGCUGCCGCCCGCGCCGUCGGGGCCGCUCGCCGGUGGCCGUGGCCAUGGCCCGGAGCCGCGCAGCGACCUGCUGUGCCCCACCGCCCGCCCGGCGGCCGCCGCCAUGAGGCGCGGGGGUCCCGCCGCUCUCGCCGCCUGCCUCGCUGGGGCGCUCGCCGUGCUGGCGGGGCCGGGACCGGACAGCUCCGUUUGGGGCGGCCGGCGGCCCCCCCGCAGCUACGGGCAUCUGGAAGGAGACGUGCGCUGCCGGCGGCUCUUCUCCGCCACCCGCUUCUUCCUGAGCAUCGACGGUGGCGGCGGAGUGGAGGGGACGCGCUGGAGGGAGCGGCCGGGCAGCAUCGUCGAGAUCCGGUCGGUGCGUGUCGGCGUUGUGGCCAUCCGGGCGGUGCACACCGGCUUCUACCUGGCCAUGAACAAACAGGGGAAGCUCUACGGGUCGAAGGAGUUCAGCCCCAACUGCAAGUUCAAGGAACGCAUUGAGGAGAAUGGCUACAACACCUACGCCUCGCUGCGCUGGCGGCACCGGGGCCGCCCCAUGUUCCUCUCUCUCAAUAGCAAAGGGAGGCCACGGCGAGGGGGCAAGACGCGCCGGCAGCACCUCUCCACCCACUUCCUCCCCAUGCUCGUCAGCUGAGCCCUGCAGUGUGGCUCCUGGACGGUCCUGUAGGAAAAGAAAUAACGGGGGGAAAA